AUGGUCUCAGACUUGAUAAACAUAAACAGAACUUGGAAAUCUUCCACUAUCUGGUCCUUGUAUCCGGCCAAAGAAGCAAAAGAAAUCCUAGCUACUCAUAUUCCAAAAGAAGAAGUGGAGGACAAUCUAGAAUGGAGUUUAACCAAGUCAGGCACCUUCUCGGCAAAAUCGGGUUAUUGGUUCCUUCAUAACAAAGAGAAUGACGAGGUUGACAAUUCAAAAUUCUGGAAGCAAUUCUGGAAGUCAGACAUUUUCCCGAAGUGGAAACUCUUCUUAUGGAAAAUUUGGAACAAUGCUCUGUCAACAGCAGAUAAUUUAGUCAAGAGGAAAAUCACAAAGAUAAACCCUAUCUGCUGUUUGUGCAACACUAAAAAAGAAACUCUAGCUCAUCUCUUUCGAGACUGCCACAUUUCCCAAAGAAUUUGGAGUUCUUCAAUGGGAAUUGUAGCUUCACAAGGUGCCCACCUCAAGAUUCACGAGUGGAUCAAAAAUUUUCUGAACCUCUUCAAGAAGAAAAGAAAAGAGGAGGGGAGCGUCAUGGAGAUUGAUUUCAUUUCAACGUUAUGGGGAAUAUGGCUCCAUAGAAAUGAAAUCAUUUUCAGAAAAUCCAAUCUCAAUCCCGUAAGGAUUAUGGAGAUAAUCAAAGAGAAUAUCAAUAGGGCUAGGGCUAAAAGAUCACAAGGAGAAAUUAAAGCUGAUAAUGCUUUUGAGGAAAGCCACAAAGACCUGCAAUGGACAGUAGGACAAAGUAGGUCAAGCAACGUCCAAACGUUGGUUGUAGAUGGUGCAUGGAAGAAGAACACUCAAACUCAACAAUGGCAAGCUGCUAUAGCCUGGAAAAAUCUCAACAACGACCCAAGGGAGGAAUUCGCGGGGAAAAUCUUCGCAAACUCUGCAAAACAAACGGAAGCCUACUCAAUUAUGAAAGCUUUAACAGAUAUGGAAUGGCGUUGUACGGAGUUGAUUAUCAAAACAGAUAACCAAGAGAUCAUUCGCGCCCUUAGGAACCCUGAAAAGAACAAUAAGGAUACGGAUAAUAUCAUUAAGGAUAUAAGGAAAAUAGCUAAUAGCGUUAUGUUUGUUUGUUGUAAAAAAGUGAGAAGAGAAGAAGUCAUAUUAGCUCAUAAACUAGCGGUCACCACUAGGAAAAGCUAG